GUAGAAAGAACCCUAAUUCCCACUCUUCCACGGCCGCGGCCCACUGCCUCUGACAGUCUGCCUGCCUGGCUACAGUUUGGAAGACUUGAUAAUGGCUAAGUAGCUAGAACAGUACUGCUAGUAGUAGCCAAAUAGCCAUGGCAAUAUGAUUUCCAGUCGGCCUUCUUCCUGCAUUUAAUACAACCCUUUUCCUAGUCUCUGUGCACUCUUGCUAUACACAAUCACCAAACUUCUCUGCCAAACCUCUUAUCUAUUUUGACCGGUUUGAGAUAGCCUCACCUAUAUCGGACCAAGGGACAUCCGGAUAAAAUUGGAACGAUAUUCAAUUACAAGGGGUUGUCAUGUUGGCACAUGCUGAUAUCGUUGGAUUAUGUUCUUGUGUCUUCAGCUCAGAAGAGAGGAGGGGAGGCAUGGUUGAACUUGAACAUGUUGAUAAGUUGAUCAAUAAUCUCAUAUCUCAUAACAACUCUCUCUUAUUUGGACAACCAGAAUCUUUUCAUUAUAUCAGAGCCUCCUGUGAUCGAGAGGUCAUGUGUUUGUAUCCCGAUAACCAUAUUUGUUAAACACAUGGUAUUCUCGUACCUGUACAAACUUCAAGCCCUUAUGAGUUGGUUUUCGUUUGACGAGAGCUGAUUUGUCCUUGAGAUCAGAUGUUCAAAUCCUCGUGACCCUCAAUAUUAACCGAUGUCUUAGAGCACAUGUUCAAAUCAAGGAUUGUGAAGCCGUACCUGAGUUUAUUGCUGAAGAGUCAAUGAUAGGUAUUUUGUAUGAAAAGCAUGGUUUAAUCUUAAUUCAACAUUUUCCUACCGCCUGCCGUUUUGGGUAUGGUAUGCAGUAUUUUCGGACCGACCGACCAGUAAUGUAGCUUUUCUUAAACAAUGGUUCAAUUCCAUUGAGAUCACAUGUUACAAAUUUUAAACCCAUACUACUCUCAAUAAUCUAAUCUCAUAAAAAACAAUCCAAUAAUUUAGUGUACUCAAUAAAAUCAUGAAACUUAUGAGUCGUAUUAACACGAAACCAACACAGCCCUAGAAUAACAUGAUCUUAUAACACAUCCAUUUUGUUGUCACUAUUCCAUUCCCCACUCCUUUAUCAAACCUUUUUCUUCUCUUUCGUUUUGGGCUUCUCUUCUCCUUUUCAAUUGGGUUGCAACACAUUAGAAAGCCAGGCCCCUCCUCCAUUCUCUCUUCUUUUUGGUGUCCUUUCUUAUUCCUUCCCCCUAAUUUUCUGCUGGCUUCCGCUGCUCCUUUAUCCCUUCUUCCUCUUCUUCCUCACUAGCAGAAAGGAGUCAGUCAGAAUAAACAAAAAAGACUCGUUCAAAAGAAACCCUGAACUGUGAGCUCCCUCUGUUUCCUUCUUCUCUUUUCCCUCUCCUUCCCUUCUUCUUCCAAACCCCAAAAAAAGCAAAAGAAACCAAGAAAAAGCCCUUUUGAUUUCAUUCCAUCCUCUUUCCCCAUCUUUCAUUAAACCUGCCCAAUCUCUGCAUAUCCUCUGUUUCUUCCUUCCUCUGUUUUUUCCUCCCCUGCAUUAUCCCAACCCAGAAGGAAAAGAAAAACUGAACCCUUAUCAUAAAACCCCCCAUCUUCAACAAAUGGUGGCUGAAUUUGGCAAUCCAGGCAGAAAUCCUCACCGUUAUCAUCAACCCACAUCAAACUUCUGCAUGGUCUUACUGCUCAUCUUCAUGUUACUAGUGGGAAGCAGCCAUGGCUCCAGAACAAAUGUUUUCAGGGUGAAGCCCUCAACAGAGCCUCGCGGCCAUUUCACUAACUUCCUUCCAAGGCAUUUGCCAAUCCCAACUUCCGGUCCUUCGAGGAGACACAAUGACAUCGGGUUACAAGCUUGGAGAUCGCCUUGAUCGUCAUCAAGUAGCUAUAGUGGGGAACAAAGGAGAAAAAAAAAAGGUUUAAUCUUUUUGCCUAAUUUUGGAUAUUGUUGUUAAUUAGUGAUUACCCUUUUGGAGUUAACAACAAGGGUGAAAUGGGUUUUGUUUUUUGGGGCUUGGGGUGAUGUAUAUGAAGAUGGAUUUUGGAGGUUGUGGUGGGUAUAUAGUUGUAGAGAGACUACAUUAUAUACUACUAGUAUAUGCAUGAAUAUGAAUGAAUAUUGAUACUUCUUCUUUUGGGGUUUUUGGGUGAUCAAAUUAUGAUGAAAAGGGAGAAUUAUUGCUUGUUAAUUGCUUAGUUAGUUAGAUAUGGACAACAAGGGAAAGAGAGGGAGGGAAUUGGAAAUGUGUACUCUCUUUGGGUUUUGGAUUAAUGCUUAAUGUAAUUGUUUAAUGUGUAUCAUUGUAUCUCUCUAAAUUUCUUGGGAAGUAUUGUAAUUAUAUGUAUCGAGCUUGAAUUUAUUUGUAUUUUGUACCAAGAGAGAGAGAGAGAGAGAGAGAAAGAGAGAGAGAGAGAGAGAGAGAGAGAGAGAGAGAGAGAGAGAGAGAGAGGGAAAAGAAAGAUUAUUGAUAGAUGAUCUUCAUAUUGUUCUGUUGCUCGUGUACAUGGUUUUGGUCUUUUGGAUGAUGGGUUGUCAAAUUUUUGUUCUCUCCUUGUUGUCUUAUUAGUUAUUACCUUAAUUCUUUUUGGUUAAUUAAGGAGUAGUUAUGAAAAUCCUAUGACAAUGAUGAAUUUUUAAUUAUAAAGGGGAAUUGACAACCUAAACAAGGUUCUAAUUUAAAUGUUUCAUAGUCCAAGGCUACAUAUUGUGGAUAUUUAAUUCAAUUUUUUUUUGUAGUAUUUGGUGGAUGUUAAUUUGAUAGGAUAGAUAUCCCCAAUCAUAUAUAAUGUGUAGGUUAGUUUCCUAAAUAUAUCAUUUCAAACUUCUCACAACGUUUUGUUUGAGCUUCUUUAUCAAUUUUCAACACUUUGAAUUAUUUGAGAAAACUGUAAUUUAUGACAUGUUAUCAUGGUUAACCUAUGUUCGAUUCUCGUAACGCUGAAUAUUAACCGAUCUGAGUCAUGUUGGAUCAAAUGAGUAUAUGUUUUGACUGAGUCAUAAUCAAAGAAUGACACAACAUUUUAUAAUCUUACAAUUCUUUCAAUUACUCAGAAUCAUGCAAGCUUUAUGACUAUUAGAAUAAAUUGGUUCUACAAAAAUGAACGCAGACCUUAUAAUGUGGAAGGAAAAAUUCAACAAUUGCAGCCAUGGCUGAUUUUUUCCUCAAUGAAAUUAUAUUGGACGGUUCCACAAAUUCAACUCCACCUAAUACCAAACCUGCUCUCUGCAAACGUUGAAUUUGUGCUGUUUGUCUACACGAGAGUCAGUGAGAGAGAACAUGGUUCAUAUGGUCAUUGGUCAGCAGCCAUAACUGGAAGGAGAAAGAAAGAAGAGAAAACUGGUUCAGAUUAUGAAAUCAAAAUCGAAGAACAGUUUUUGUUUUAUUUUAAGCUAUAAUAAUAUACAAAUUUCCAUGGAUGGGGCCUCUCUAGUAAUAGAAAUGGUUCUGUCUAAUUCCCAAUGCAGUUGAGUUGGGUUGACAUUCAAUUGAUGUAGUUAAUAUUUUAUUAAUUAAAAGGAGGCCUCUUUGCCAUCAAUUGCUGACUAUUUUGAACUCCAACAAGAAUUUUGGGGAAACAUAAAAAAUGGUUGUUGAAAAUUAGAAUGAGGAAAUUUUGGAGCAGAUUAUGAUGAAUUCUAGGAGUCCUAGGUUUUAGUCCAAAGUAAAUAAGGCUAAAGUCCAAGUAUUUAAGGUCAAAUACUUAUCGUAUUGGAUUUACAUGAUCGAGAUUUUACGUUUGAAAUUUUGUUUACCAUAAAGUGUGUUUUUGGCUACACUAAUGCUAAUAUGUGUUCUUUUUAUGUGUGUACUCGGAUUACAAGAUAAAUGUUACGUUACGUU